UGACAUAAUUUAUGCAAUAUCUGCUUAGAAUUUGGGGAAAAGCAUUCUAAAUGGCAAGGAAUCUUUGUAACAGUAAAUAUAUAUUCGCCUGCUGUAUUAUUGUCUAAAUAAAUGCAGGUUUGAUGUUUUUGUACAAAUAAUUUGAUGUGGGGCGGCUGAAACGUGUACAAUCCCUGGAGCUUUCUUCGGAAGACUCAUGCUCGUGAACGCGCAUGGAGACCGAUCACGGAGCCCCUGUCAAACGGGUAUUGUAGCCCCGCAGAAUGUGGAGGCGGAGCCCAUUCAUGGGGGAGGCGGAGUCUCGGGAGUCCUGGCAGGGCCGCCAUUUUUUGCACAGGGAAAAGAGACUGGUUUUGAAGGGAUCUAAUUUCUAAAAGUCGCCGUUGACUGGGGCUCUAAGGCUUUUUCUAACGGUUUUCGUAUCCAUUUCUCGCUAUAUUUGGGAUCCCGACGCAAAUUAACUGGUGCGUAUUUUCUUCAGAAACAGGAAAAGGAACCUACAUAGAAGACGUCUGAAUACAAACAUUUUAAACCUAGGCUAGGAAUCCGCAGUGUGUGUACUGAAGUAUUGUUUUGGUUGUUGAAGCUGCGACUGGGGUCUUACCCAGGUCCCCAAAUUCGCCAUUCAAAGCCUUUAGAGUGGACUUAAAAAGAUAAACCUCACCAUGUGGGACUAACCUGGGUAGCUGUUUCCCGGUCUCUGGUGGUCUCACAUGUGUGGUGUCCAGACCCCAGAGACCCAGAGAGAAAGCUGAAUGGCCCAGGAGCCCGGCUCAGUCACAUGGCAUCCCAGCUGGGAAGAGGAGCCGGGGCUCAGGCCUUGUGGAUGCACUUAGAUGUCUGCAAUGACUGCUGUGGCUGGCAUGCCUCAGUGUUUCGGACUCCCUUUCUCUGGACUCAGUAGGACAAGAACUGAUCAGCAGAGAACGUCAUGAGCAUAGUCAUCCCAGUAGGGGUGGACACAGCAGACACCUCAUACCUGGACAUGGCUGCAGGCUCAGAACCAGAAUCGGUGGAGGCCAGCCCCGUGGUGGUGGAAAAGUCCAGCUACCCACACCAGAUCUACAGCAGCACUUCUCACCAUUCCCACAGUUACAUCGGCCUGCCUUACGCUGACCACAAUUAUGGGGCGCGGCCCCCACCUACGCCGCCAGCCUCCCCCCCACCCUCCAUGUUGAUCCGACAGGGAGAGGUGGUACCCUUUGGUUCCGGGCCCCAAGAUGAAGCAUCCCGGGGCACCACACUCAGCACGUCAGAAGAUAGCAGCUAUGGGACCGACAUCACCCGUUGCAUCUGUGGCUUCACCCACGAUGACGGCUACAUGAUCUGCUGUGACAAGUGCAGUGCCUGGCAGCACAUAGACUGCAUGGGCAUCGACAGGCAGAACAUUCCUGAGACCUACUUGUGCGAACGGUGCCAACCACGACAUCUGGACAGAGAGAGGGCCAUCCUGCUUCAGACCAGGAAAAGAGAGUGCUUAUCUGACGGGGACACCAGUGCGACAGAGAGCGGAGAUGAGGUUCCACUAGAGCUCUAUUCCACCUUUCAACACACGCCCACCACCAUCACGCUGACAACCGGGCGCCUUGGCAAUAAACAGGCUGAUAAGAAGCGUAAAAAGAGUGGUGAUAAAGACCCGCCAGCAUCUACUGCCCGCGCUAAGAAGGCCUUCAGAGAGGGGUCCAGAAAGUCCUCUAGGGUGAAGGGUGCCGCUCCGGACACGGAGCCUGCAGAGCACCCUUCUAUGUGGGAGAGUAAAAUCAAGACGUGGAUGGAGCGUUAUGAAGAGGCCAGCAGCAAUCAGUACAGUGAGGACGUUCAGGUCCUGUUGCGUGUUAAAGAGCAAGGCGAUGGCAAGAACCUGGCGUAUAACACGCACCCAACCUCGUUCAAACCCCCAGUGGAGAUUGUUUGUGUUGUCCAGAGUCAAGUUCAGAAGAACAAGAAAAUCCUCAAAGCUGUGCGAGACUUGCCCCCCGACUCCCUCAUCAUAGAGUACAGGGGCAAGUUCAUGCUUCGACAGCAGUUUGAGGCCAACGGAUACUUCUUCAAGAGGCCUUACCCGUUUGUUUUAUUUUAUUCCAAAUUUGACGGAGUGGAGAUGUGUGUGGACGCUCGCAGCUUUGGUAACGAAGCACGUUUCAUCCGCCGCUCCUGCACCCCAAACUCUGAGGUACGGCAUGUCAUUGAGGACGGCAUGCUGCAUUUAUACAUCUAUUCCCUGAGGCCUAUCUCCAAAGGCACAGAAAUCACAAUUGGUUUUGAUUUCGAUUAUGGCAGCUGUAAAUACAAGGUAGACUGCGCCUGUCUAAAGGGGAACCCGGAGUGCCCGGUGCUGAAGCACAACCAAGAGCCCACCGAGAACUUAAGCUCCGGAGGUAGACGCAGGGGCAGUCGCAAGGACAAGGAGUUGGUCCGAGACGACCAAGGGCAGAACCAGAAUGUGGCUUUGGACGGUGAGGGGAAGGGGAGGAGUAUAGGUGAUGGCAAGCAGAGGAAACUCUCCCCGCUCCGACUCUCCAUCUCAAACAACCAGGAUCCUGAGUUAUUUGAGGAUCUAGAAGACAAAACCUCCAUUAGCAAUGAAGUAGAGAUGGAGUCAGAGGAGCAGAUUGCAGAGAGGAGGAGGAAGAUGUGGAAACAAGUAACACCAGUUCAAAAUGACGUUCAGGAACCAGAACAUGCUCCGACCCCAACGGCCAACCCAGCGGAGCAGUCCCAUCUCGCUGUCGGGGCCGCUUCAAGCUGGAAGGGGCCAAAACUCAAAGAGACACGAGAGGAGAGGAAGAUGGAGGCCAUACUGCAAGCCUUCGCAAGGAUGGAGAAGAGGGAGAAACGCAGGGAGCAGGCCUUGGAGCGAAUUGGUAGCAUAAAGUCAGAAGUGGGGGGACGUAGCGAUAUCAAAGAGGAGCUUCCAGCUACACCAGAGACUGUAGAUUCCCCAGCUGUCAUGCAGCCGCCUCUUGAAAUAAAGGAGGAGCCCGCGCUGAAGCUUGCUAAGGUGAAACCCUCACGUAACAGGAAGAGCUUCUCUAGGAACCGGACUCACAUCGGUCAGCAGCGACGGCGGGCUCGCACCAUCAGCACCUGUUCUGACUUGACACCUAGCUCUCCAGCCGAGCCAGUGGAGCCUCCAGCUAGUGAAGCACCUGAAGGAGAGAUUCCCUCUGCUCCAGAGCCUGAAGUGAUCCCCUCACACGUCCCAGAAAGCAGUCCUCCCCACAGCAGCUCGCCGGCGCCGGACAGAAACCGCACAGGGAGCAAGAGCUAUAAAACUAAAAAGCACUUUGUCAGUGAGUGGGUGGGAGAGAAACAGCAGGACUGCGCCGCAGUCCGAACACCAGAACCAGUCCCAGACAGGCCGCUGAGAAUAAGCAGUGACCCAGAAGUGCUCGCCACGCAGCUUAAUGCCUUACCAGGCAUGACCUGCUCUCCGCAGGUCUACAGCACGCCCAAACACUACGUCCGCUUCUCAUCGCCGUUCCUGGCCAACCGCAGCCCCACCACGCCCGGAGUGCCCACCGGGAGACGGCGCUCCAGAGAACUGCCAGAAACGCCACCUACCAGUGGCUCCUGUAAAAAGCGAUGGCUGAAGCAGGCUCUAGAGGAGGAGGGGUCCACCAGCCCUGCCAGACGGCCGAGCCUUUUUCUGCCUGGCGACGGACCUCUGAGCCCGUCCGUUAAUGGAGACGCCGACAGCCCGCUGCUCUACAAUGGCACCUGCUCGCUGCCAGAGCUGCCCACUCCUUUGAAAAAGCGCCGGCUGAGCCCGUUAGACGCCUGCAUAUCUGAGACCUCCACACCCUACGGUUCCCCUUGUGCCACGCCCACCCGAGCGGACCACUCUGAGACGUCUGCAGCGCCCAGCUUACUGACCACCCCGCCUCGUCCCCGAACAGAAGAGCCCAGUACAGAACCCGUGUCCAACAGUACCCCGACACACGCACUUAAUACUCCUCAGGAGACUGAAUCUUGUGAGGAGAACUCACCGGAGGUCAGUCGGAAACCCUCCGUGCAAGAGGCUGAUCGUCCUCCUUCGUUAGUCUCCUCUCCGUGUGUCCGGCCUCCCGUUUCAGAUGGACUCGCCUCAGAGGUCAAGGUUUCUCUUCCAGAGAGCCCACAGCUUCCAGCUCCUGAGUUGGUGGACUGUGUAGAGGAGAGGACAGAUGGUGGGCUUGCAGAAAACUCAAACGAAGCUCUUUCAUCUGCAGAAACGUGCACUUCAUCUUUUUCGGGCUGGAUAAAAAGCCCGGACAGAGGCCCGACUGGACCAGCUGGUCUGAACUUCUCCCCAGUCAACUCAAACUUACGGGAUCUCACUCCGUCUCACACUCUGGAGCCUCUGGCAGCUCCUUUCAGGCCAGAGCCUACAGCUGGGACUGCAGCAGCGCCAGCAGCAGGAGCAGGGUCACUGUCCGGCUCUCAGCCUCCUUUCAGUGAGGCGCAGGGACAACUGUUCUACCCCUGCUCUGAGGAGGGAAGUUCGCUCGUCUUCUCCCGCUCACUGAAUGGGGACAAUGAAGGAGGGUCAGCUCAGAACCCACCACAGAGGAAAAAGGUUUCCUUGCUCGAGUACCGGAAGCGUCAGCGAGAAGCGCGGCGCAGCGGUUCCAAGACAGAGUGCAGCUCUCCCGUGUCCACUGUGCCGCCUUUGACAGUGGAGGCUUUCCCCGUGGCUCUGGAGCCCACCAUUGAGCCUCCCCUACCUUCUGCUCCAUGUAACUCCACCCCCACCGUCAAGGAGCCUCAGCCCAGUGAGGAGAGUGAAGCCUCUGGAGAGAAGGAGGGAGGAGAAGGGCAGUGGACGUCAUCAACCUCAGUAGAGCAGGCCAGAGAGCGCGGUUAUCACAGAGCUCUCCUACUCAGCAAAGAUAAAGAUGCAGAUGGUGAGCCAGAAGGAGGGGACACGCCUGCACUAAGAGACUGUGCUUCUCCCAGUCUCCAAAAAACCCCGACCCACACGCCCUGCUCUCCCGGCCCUCAUACCCAGCCUUCCAGUCGCCCGGCCGAAGACUGCGACGGUCAGCCGUGGACAACGAAUCCAAACAGCAAGCCCGUUGGAUCCAAGCCAGCCCCUGUGACCCCGACAAAGUUGCACCCCGCUGCCCCGCUGGCCUCCUCUCCUGUCCACUACCCAGGUUCCUCGCUCCUUCAUUCCCCGAAGCCCCAGCCUCAGGGCUCACCCUACCGCAGCCAGAGGGCGCUGUUUUCCAACCAGCCUCAAACCCAGCAGCAGCCUCAAGCUCAAGCCGGACCUGGUCCUUUCCCCCAGUACAACACACAAGGUGCUCCACCUCCUCCUCCCCCUCCACCCCCUGCACCACCCGCCUCUACAGCCUACUUCUCCAACCAGAGCCCCUCACCUGCCAGACCCUUCCCUGGGUUUAACCCCGCAGUUACCCAGACUUACCCACCUGGAUCUCAGCCCCUGAUACAGGCUCUCCCCCACAGUGUUCACUAUCAGAGCUCAGCUGCGCCACCUCCUCCUCCCCCACCUCCUCCACAUCCGUUACCAGGCCCUACGCUGCUCCACGUCAACCUGCAGCCCCCUCCCAUCCAGCAACAUCAGCUCAUGAUGACCACCGCUCCGCCUCCACCUCCCCUGCUGCAAGGUCAGACCCCCCAGCAGCAACAGCAGCAGCAGGCACCGUCCGGCAGCACGCUCAUGUCUCUGACCCCUCCGCCUCCGCCUCCUCCGCCUCCCCCGGCUCCCUCCUCCAACACCCCGCUGCAGCCCCACCACUAUCAGAACUUAGGGGGGUUCCAAACAGCAAUGAUGCACCCUGGUGCUACACCGAACACUUCCGUACCCCCAUCCUCAUAUCCCCCACCCCUGCAGCAGACCGGACUGCCGCCUCCUCCCCCACCUCCCCCACAACAGCCUCAACAAGGCCCUGCUCAGGCCACUGCCUCCCAGAUGCCUCCCGGGACUCGCGGAGCUCCUGCAUCCUCGAACUCUUUCCACAGCCAGGGGUACCUGAGCACAGGGUGGCACUGACCCUUCUCCCUCACCACGACCUCCCUCUGUUGGCCCCCUGAGAACUCUGCUGGAGAGGGGCAUGUACCAUAAGCUGUAGAUACGUUUUCUAUGUACCUGAACACAUGGCCAGUGGAAAAACAGCUGAUUGUGGGAUAAAAGGGUACUUUAAAGGAAUAACGAGGACAAAAACAAUUUAAGGAAAAAGGACAAACUGUUAGAAAAUAAAGAUGGACGAUCCCCCUGGUGCUCAUAGCCCUCUCUCUGGCCUACAUUUGUUUUGUUUUUCCUUUUUAUACCAUCCUCUCUGAAGACGGAGAAGAAGAAUUUCUGUUUUUUGUUCAGAAUCCCGACGUAAUUCCCCACAUUUUGUUAAUCAGUGGACAUUCCAGCCUCUUCCCUCCCUUCCUCCUUAUAUUCGUCUCCUGUCUGUCGUCAGCUCUGUACACAGUUUAUGUUUUAAUCUAGUGGCUCAUUAUAGCAAACAAAAAGCUUUUUGUAUAGAGUAAAAAAAAAAAAAACACAAUUAUUUUUUUUAAACUUCUGUCUAACAACAAAUAUCUGUUCACCGCUGCAGAUUCAGGAAAGAUCCAUUUCAGAGUGCGAGCCUCGCCCCUUCAGGAGGCUUCACCUGUGCGUGUGUGUAUGCGUGUGUGUGUGUGUGUGUGUGUGUGUGUGAAUGGCAGCUUAGAGGAGCAAAGUGUGCGUGGGAUUUUGCUCAACGAGGUAGGCGAGGUGAGUGGUCUCACCUACAAGUAGGAAGUUAGCGGUUUAUUUUUGAAUAUGAAUGGUUAUUUGUAGAAAGUGUAAUUUAAUGUAUAGGUGGUUACUUCAGCUUUCACCAGAAACAGGUUUUGUAAAUAUUCUGCUUCUUUUCUUUUUCUAUGCUUGUACAAUUCGCUCCCAUCACCCCCAUUUUAAGAUAUGGUUGUAAAUAUGAACGCUGUUCUCGGCAAAGCUGAAUGUUUCUGUGACUGUAGCAUUAUUUUUAUUUUAUUUUUCUCUCCCCUUUUAUUGACUCUUCAACUUUGUCUUUUUUAUUUGUGUGUGUGUGAGUGUUGCCUUUGUGUGGAGGAGAGAGACUCACAGACACUGCACUGGUUGGCUAUUUUCAUGGUUCAUUAUAAUAAAUCACUGUAAUGACAGUUUUAUAUCACUUGUGGUGACGUUUUCUGAAAGCUUUGGGGGGAAAUUAACUAGGAAAAAGUUGUUGACCCCUUGAGGAUUUCUGCUACUUUCACCUUUUUUGUCACACUUAAAUGUUUCAGAUCUGAUUUGUACCUGUAAAAUCAAGAAAUGACCUAAAUAGGACCUGUCGGGCAAGAUGAAGUAGGCUAAACGUUCUCAGGAGCAACCGGUCAUGCCCUGAUCUAAAGAUAUUCAAUAGAAACAAGGGAAACAAAGGGAUUGGGUCUCUAGUGGACCAAUGUGAGACCAGCUUCCUAGGAGACUCCAGCCCACCAAAAGUACCCAAAGAGAGUUCAUCGACAUCUUAUCCAGAAGGUCACAGAAGAACUGCUGCCUAAAGUUUUUUUUAAACCGGCUGAUCGCUGAUCAGACCACAUGAAGUUGAUUGAACUUAGAAAUUAAUGAGCUGAUAUUAUCCUAGACUUUACAGAACGAAACUCUCAGCCAUUAAAUCAGAGUAAUCUAUUCCUGUUUUAGUUCAAUAAAAGCUACCAAAAUUGUC